AUUACUGCAGCGCUGAGAUAACCAUUAUCUAUCUAUACACACAACAUACCCCCAAAAAUCCCUGCGUUUCCACUGCAUUUUGUCCCCUUCUCGCCCUAAGCUCAAUUCGAGUUGUUUGCGUGAGUUUUUGUCUGAUCAGCAGAGGAGUUUUCAGAUUUCAGGAAACAUGUUUGGAUUUUCGAGAAGAAGAAUGAAGCUUGGGAGAUUAAAGGUUCAACUCUCCGACACUGCACAGGGGACGAGAAGUCCGAUAAGGCCCACCAAGAGAUUUAAUAGUUCCAAUGGAGAAGGUGUUGCAGCUGCAAAUAGUGAAGCUGAUGAUCUGAAUUUCCAUUCUUCAUCUAAUGGGACAGAGCUUAACAACUGCGCUUCAGGUGGCUCUGAGAAUUGGAUGGUUCUUUCCAUCAGCGGAGAGAAGCCUACACCCCGGUUCAAUCAUGCAGCUGCAGUCAUAGGGAACAAGAUGGUCGUGGUUGGCGGUGAAUCUUCAAAUGGGCUGCUGGAAGAUGUCCAGGUACUCAGUUUUGACAGAUUUUCGUGGACUCCUGUUUCGUCAAAGCUAUACCUUUCUCCUACUAGCCUUCCUCUAAAAAUUCCAGCAUGCAAAGGCCACGCAUUGGUUCCUUGGGGCAAGAAAGUGCUUCUUAUUGGAGGGAAAACCGAAUCAGUGAGCGACAGAGUGUCAGUCUGGGCGUUUGACAUGGAAGCAGAAUGUUGGUCACUUAUUGAAGCGAAGGGAGACAUUCCGACUGCACGUAGUGGCCAUACAGUUGUCAGGGCAAACUCCGUUCUAAUUCUAUUUGGAGGCGAGGAUACAAAAAGGAGGAAGCUCAACGAUCUUCAUAUGUUUGAUCUAAAAUCUCUAACAUGGCUUCCUCUUCAUUGCACGGGCCCAAGACCAUGCUCAAGAUCAAAUCAUAUUGCUGCUCUUUAUAAUGACAAAAUACUCUUUGUUUUUGGUGGGGCAUCAAAAUCUAGAACCUUGAAUGACUUGUACUCUCUUGACUUUGAGGCGAUGGUAUGGACAAGAAUCAAAGUGCACGGAUUUCACCCAUCGCCUAGAGCUGGUUGUAGUGGAGCGCUCUGUGGAACAAAAUGGUACAUCACGGGUGGUGGUAGCAAGAAAAAAAGGCCUGCAGAGACCUUGAUAUUUGAUGUUUUGAAGUAUACUUGGUCAGUUGCUGUUGCAUCGCUUCCAUCUUCUAUCACUACGAACAAGGGUUUUAGUCUCGUUCUUGUGCAGCAUAAGGAACGAGAUUUCCUUGUUGCAUUUGGUGGUACAAAGAAAGAUCCAUCAAACCAGGUUGAGGUACUUAUCAUGGAAAAGGUUGAAUCAUCAAUGAUCCGAAGAUCGACUUUGAGUAAAGUUGCUGGAACCUUGUUGUCGGAGAACAACAACAACAAUAACUCAACAUUGUCAGCUCAACCAGGCAAUGCUUCUAUUAGUACCAAUUUUGAUACUGUCUCGAAACUUAAUUUGGCAUCAGCCAUCGAACAACAUGGAUCUGGUCGGAAAUCCCUAUCAGAAUCCUUACUUGUCGACCCAAACUCUGCCACUGGAAACGUCUCUCUUCGCAAACAAUUUUAUAACGAGGAGACUGCGGAGGUGACCACAACAAAGAGCUUAGAAGACAAAAAUUCAUUUCGGAUGAUGGAACAAGCCACAAAACCAUAUGACUCGGGUGCUGGAAAUGCAGAAGAAGCAUCUCCCAUUGCUGAAUCUGGUAAACUGAGUUUUGAUAAACAAGGAAGGGGAAGUUUAGGAUUAGAAGGCGAAGAACUCUUAUGCCAUGAAACAACAGAUUCAUCAGGUGUUUGCCAGACGCACGAGGCUAAACUAGCCAGCCUUUUAAGAAAGAACAGCAUUCUUGAAGGACAAUUGGCAGCUGCAAUAGCUGCUCGCGAAGCAGCUGAGAAGAACUCAUCGUCUGCCAACAAAAGUCGACAGGAGAUGGAGAAAAGAUUGGGAGACGCAAUGAAGGAAAUGGAGUUGCUUAAAGAGAAGCUAACCAGUAUUGAGUUGGCACAGGAGGAGGCUAACAGCCUCUCUAACAUCGUCCACUCUGACAACGUGAGGCUAGAGCAUGAUGUGGCUUUCCUCAAGGCUGUCUUGGAUGAUACACAAAAGGAACUACAUUCAACUAGAGGGGUCCUUGCUGGGGAGCGUGCAAGAGCAUUCCAGCUACAGGUCGAAGUAUUCCAUCUGAAACAGAGGUUACAGUCACUCGAGACUCGAGCACCAACACCUAGGAAACCUUAUCAGAUGUAGUAUGUAUGUAGGUUUUAAGGUUUAGGAUAUAAGUAUCUAUUUCUCCUACAUUUAUGCUUGUAAUAUCUGUUUAUUUUGGUACAUGGGUCAGAUUUGUCACACAUUGUAGUGUGUGUUUUCAACGAUGUAUAUAUUAUUCUGCCCAGCCUAAGAAUUUUCUAGAUUUUUGACA